CUUCCGCUGAGAAAGGGAGAGACCGGACGCUUGCGGGGGCGGGACUUCCGGUUGCUGCCUCCUCUGUAAAGCGCCAUGUCGGACUCGGAGGAAUAUUCUUCGGAGGAGGACGAGGACUACCUUCCUUCGGGGGAGGAAGAGUACAGCGAGGAUGAUGUGAGCGAAUUGGUGAAGGAAGAAGAGGAGGCCAAGGAGGAGAAGCUGUUGUCCGGAGAUAAACGCAAGAAGGGUCCCAAGGGGGACGAUGCCUGUCGACAAAGGAAGAAGAGAGGUGGCCUCCUCUUAGAACCAGACGGAGGAGAGUCUUCGAAGGACGGCAAGAGUGAGAGCGAGGAUGGCGAAGCAGAAGAGAGCCAUGAUACACAGCUGAUCGAACAUGAAAAGAGGAAGAAGGAGGAGGAUUUGUGGGCCAGCUUUCUCAGUGAUGUGGGGCACAAACCCAAAGCGGCUUCCACAGGUCAGGCAUCUUGCGCACAGAAAGACAAGGUGGCAGAGAAGAAGAGCUCCUGUGAGGCUCAGGAGAUAACAAAGGAGCCGGAGAAGAGCAAAGUGGCCAUCACCAAAGUGUUUGACUUUGCAGGUGAAGAGGUGAGGGUCACGAAGGAGGUUGAUGCCGGGUCAAAAGAAGCCCAGCUUUUCCUGAGAGAGCAGAAGGCAGUCGGCCCAGCAACGCAUCCUACAGUUUCUGGGGUGAAGCGGCCCAGCGGCCUUAACAACCUCCUGGGGAAGAUCGGCGCAAAGAAGCAGAAGAUGAGCACGCUGGAGAAAUCCAAGCUGGACUGGGAAAGCUUCAAAGAACAGGAAGGCAUCUCUGAUGAACUGGCCAUCCAUAACCGAGGGAAAGAAGGGUACUUGGAGAGGAAAGCUUUUCUGGAAAGGGUUGACCACCGGCAGUUUGAGAUCGAACGGGACAUCCGCCUGAGCAACAUGAAACCCUGAAGCUGCUGUAGAGCCUGACUUUAAUCACACCUCCCAUCUGGCUGUCCCCCAGAAGACAGUAACUCUGUGACCUGUAUGGAUUUUCAUUUUCACCAUAAAAGUUGAUAGGUGAAUCACGGUGGCAGAUAGGUUUACCUGCCGAGGGGCAGCAGCGUGUGCACAUCAACCCAUAUACACCUGGGUACUUGCCCAAGAUGGGGCAGACAGGGCUGUUUUCCAGUUCUCCGUGCCCACGGUAGUUAGGAUGAAUGAGUUGGAUGGUGCGUCGUGGAAUUAGCGCCCUUGCUUGCUUGCGCCCACCAACUGGGCGCUGGUUCCAUUGGCCAUCAGUCCUGGGACCCCAACAGUUUUGGGCUCGUCGCCUGACCUCCUUCUCCAGGGGAAAGAUUUUCUUAAGGACCCUGCAUUGGAAUCAAGACAAUGGUAAGCAAAGUGUUAAACCAGCCAGCUUGCUUUUGGCACAAGUUUCUCUAAAGUCCACUCAAGUCCUCAAUGUGAGCUUUUCCUGAGUCCUCCUAAGUUACUCACAUCAUGCUCUCUGCAGGACCGUCGAGAGAAGCAGGAGCAUGCAUGUGCAGGAGGCCAGCUCCCCCGAACCUUUUCCCUCCUCUUUUAAUAAAGUGUUGAAAUCCA